AGUGCUGAACCAGUCAUUCUCCCCGCACUGUGUGUCCCCCUGGAAGCCACCAGGAGCUGUCCCCAAUCUGGGUGUCCCGGGGUGCUGGUCCCUUCUCCCAGCUCCGGCUGGCAGUGCCCUGGGGCUGGGAGGGCAGUCCAGACUUGGAGCUGUUUAACCAUUAAACCUGGGGCGUCUUGGGGGAGGCGGGGACACUUCCCUGCCACUUCACCCUGUACCUUGCUCCCUCUGGCAACCCCUGCAGCCAUGAAGCAAACAAAAGGUAUGUGCCGGGAAAUCCUCUGGAGACCCUUCCCCACACACACAGGCCCUGCUGCCAGGUGAAGCAAGACAAUGUCAGAGCCCAGGCAGCCUGUGGAAGGAGCCAGAGGCAUGCAGGAAAAUGUCUCCUUGUGGGGAUGCUGGGAAGGCAUCCCCUCUCCCUGGGUUUGAGGUUCCUUGUGCCCAAAGAGACGCGGAGGGGUUUUAUGGGGGGGCGGGGUGUGCUGGGGAAGGUCUCUGUUUCCUUCUCCUGGCUCCAGCAGCUCUCUGGGGUCCUGGUGAACCUUCUCAGCCCUCACUGAAGAGCCCUGUAAACCCCCAGGACUGACCCCAUCUGCUUGGCCCUGCUUUGCCCCCACAGUGAGCGCCCACGGGACCUGAGCAGCGGGUCCUGCUGCUGGGAAUGCAGGACAGUGGUGACAGGGCCAAGGAACAACCUGUGCUGAGAGACAGAGGGGCUUGGGGGCUGUGUGGGCUUGGCAAACCCCCUCACCUGGAUGGCAGGUUCAGCCUGGCUCGAGGGAGACAAGAUGUCCAUCAUAAAAUUUGAAUUUAACCCCAAAGUUGGGAUCGACAACCCAGCCUUGACACUGACUGAGGACACGGAUGGUGAGGGCAUGGGGGAGCCCCGCUUCUACCUCCUGACCAAGGAGAGCACAGAGACCUUCGGCUUCUGCCUGCACGAGGAGCUGGGCUGCCAGGGCCACGUCAUCCGGCAGAUUGAGCUGGGGGGGGUGGCCCAGCGCAGGGGGCUGCAGGACGGGGACCGGCUGCUCCAGGUCAAUGGCCACUUCGUGGACCACAUGGACCACCUCAGGGUGGUGCAGAAGAUCAAGGCCAGCGGGAACCAGGUCCUGCUGGCGGUGCUGGAUGGUGACUCCUACGAAACAGCCAAAUCCCUGGGCAGGGACCUGUCCCAGAUGCUGCCAGAUGACAUCCGCCCGCGCCUCUGCCACGUCACGAGGGACAAAAGCGGCUUUGGCUUCAGCGUGUCAUGUCCAGAAGGCACCAAGGGCACCUUCCAGCUGUCGGUGCUGCAGGACGGGCCAGCGGACAGAGCAGGGGUGCCACCAGGCUGCUGGCUGCUGGAGCUGAACGGGGACAGCGUCAAGAGCUACUCCCACACACAGCUCACCAAAAAGCUUAAGCAGAGCGGCAACAAGGUGACACUGCUGGUGGCAUCCAGCGCCGUGGAGGAGUUCUAUCGCCUGCGGGGCCUGCGGGUCACGGCUGCCUUGGCAGACACCUCCAGGCUCCCCUUCAAGGUCCGCGAGCUGCACCUGGUGAAGGGUCCCGCUGGCUAUGGGUUCCUGCUCAAGGAGGAUGAUUGCAGCUCGGGAGGAGUAGGCCAGUUCCUGUGGGAAGUGGAUGUGGGGCUGCCGGCCGAGCAGGCAGGGAUGAAGGAAGGGGACCGAGUGCUGGCCGUGAACGGGGAGAGCAUCGAGGGGCUGGACCACGAGCAGACCGUGCACAGGAUCCGCGCCCGGGAGGACCAGGUGACGCUGCUGGUCAUCGACCCCGCUGGGGAUGAGUUCUACCACUCGAUCGGGCUGUCCCCCCUGCAGUUCUUUGAGGACAGUGACCCCGCCUCAGGCUCCUGCACGCCCUCGCUGCCCUCUCGCAGUGGCUCUCCUGCACUCUGUGACGUUGAGGUGGCACCCAAGGGGCCUGUGUCCUGGCUGAUGGCAGCUGCCAACAGUAUAGAGAUCAUACAGAGCCAGCGCCAGGAGGAGCACACAAAGCUGUGCCAGGCAUUCUAACAGCCCAGGAGCCUCAGGACAGGCUCUCCCACACAGCACCUCCACCCAGGCCACGGCCAGCCCCUCGGGCCUCAGCACUGCUCAACAUGGACCCUGCACAAGCAGCUCCUGUGUCUCAUGCCUGGCUCACAGCAUGACACUCCCAGGGACUCGUCUCUGCUCACCCAGGCUGACUCAGAGCUUUUAUCAACCACAGUGGCAGCUUCUCAUAACCUGACCACAGACCUGUGUCUUUGCCUGCCCAGCUACCUCCAGGGAUUCCUCAGGACAUUGCACUGAAGCCCUUGCCCAGCUCCAGGCUCUGGGAGUUCCCAGGAGAGCUGAGGCGCUGCCCUCUGCACCAUGACCCAGGGGACUUGAGGGUUGGCUCAGAUCUGCACGUGCAUGGACAUCUCUCCUGUGCUUCUCCUCUCAUCCUCUCCCUGAACCUGUGGGCAGAGAGUGUCCACCACCCAGCACCACCCUGUUCCUGCACCACCCUUUUGGGGUGAUUAAAGGACAAAUCCACA